GUUACUAAGGUCCGUUACGGUGCUGAGUUGCUCCAAUGGGGGCCGACUACAAUGGAGGCAGCAUGGGUUACUAUGUACAACGUAGAGCGUCGCAUGUAAUAACUUCAGUAUCCCAUGGACGUUCAUGUAUUGACAAUUAUGAACAUGCCAUACUGUGCGCUGGUAUUAUUCUCAUUAUUCUCUAGCUACGGAGUACUGUACCGCGAGGGAGAAGGACUUCCAUGGGUUCUUGGCUCUCGCAGCUGCUCGCCGUGUCGCUCUUUCCUUUCUUUCCGCAUAUGCCUUGUCUCGGACGCCUCGUUUCUUAUCAGAUUGCCUGGCAGUGCUUUGCCUGUCUGUGACUCUGUGUCUGUGCUGCAGCGGCAUCUGCCACCAACAACAGGAGGAAGGUUCGGUUCAGGUUUAGGUUCAGGUUCCCCCGCCGCCUGCCGGCGAGUGUUUGUCAAUGGAUGGAUUUUCUCUCGGAUACGGGUACGGAAGGCCCCGCCGUGUUAAUGCGAGGUGUUCGCUGGGGCGGGCGUCUCUGAAGGGCGGGAAUCCGGAUCCAUUGGCGACCCUACCUACCUACUCUACCCAAACAAUUCCCACGCCGACGGCCAGGUUCAGAGUAUAAGGGUAGGUAGGCAGCAGGCUUCUCGUUGGAGAAGAGGGGUCUCAGUGUGACUUGCAGCAACCUAACCAUUGGAGGCAAGAGUGUUGGAGGUUUGGUCGACGUGUUACCCAAUCACCCUGCAGUCGAGCACAAAGCGUACU